AAAGACUGUCGCAAAAGUUCCACAUUACAUUUUGCUUAUGUGGUUUGUACAGUAUCAGCUGCUUCUGACAUGAACUGGUGACAACACAAACAUCUGAAUAACGAUAUAUAACUAUUCGUUAACGUGUUGUCGAUAUGCUUUGCUUUAGAAUGGCCUCAGUCACUUAAAAUCACUUCCCGCAUAUAGUUUAUGAGAUUAUCUCUUGUUUACUCAACAAUAAGACACUCUCCAGCACAGGUAAGCUAGUUAGCUAGCUAAAGUCGGCAGAACUUAUGUCACUAGGAGAGUGCCUUUGGGCUUCAAUGAAAACUGAAGAUCCAGGAGAAACGUUGUGAGGAGACAUCAACAGGCUGUGGGAGAAUGGACUUUGUCAAAACGGUCCUGGUGACUGGAGGGGCAGGUUUCAUUGGGUCCCAUUUUGCCUGCUCCCUAGUCAACAGGCAUCCAGAUUGGCGCAUCAUCAACUUUGACAAUCUGGACUACUGUUCCAAUCUCAGGAACCUGGAGUCUGUCGAGGAGAAAGAGAACUACACCUUUAUCAGGGGGGAUAUAUGCAAUCCACACUUGGUAAACCACAUCUUUGCCACAGAAAACAUUGACAUCGUCUUUCACUUUGCGGCUCAAACACAUGUUGAGACGUCCUUCGUAUGGCCGUCCAGAUACCACAUGGUGAACGUGGAGGGGACACGGGUGCUACUGAAAGCAGCUUUUGAGGCCAAGGUGGAGAAGUUUAUUUACAUUAGCACAGAUGAGGUGUAUGGAGAGAGCCUGUAUAAGGAAUUAGAUGAAACCAGCCCAAGAAGACCCAACAAUCCAUACUCUGUGUCUAAAGCAGCUGCUGAGUGUCUUGUAUUGUCCUACAGGGAGAGACACAAGUUUCCUGUUAUAAUAACAAGGAGCAAUAAUAUAUAUGGACCCAGACAGUACUUGGAGAAGGUCAUUCCAAAAUUUGUAUCCUUCCUUCAACUGAACAAAAAAUGUACCAUCCAAGGGACCAGCCCCCAAUCUCGCCACUUCCUGUAUGUGGAUGAUGCCAUUGAAGCAUUCAACACCAUCCUGGAGAGGGGGAUGGUGGGAGAAAUCUACAACAUCGGGAGCGACUUCGAGAUAUCCAUCAUUCAACUAGCCAGAGAACUUAUCAAGAUGGUCAGGCAUGUACCUGAUGCAGAACUGGACGACUGGCUGGAGUUUGUGCCUGACCGGCCCGUGGUCGACCUGAGGUACCCUGUGAACUGUGAGAAGCUGUGGAGGCUGGGCUGGAAGCCUGCAGUGUCCUGGGCAGAGGGCAUCAGAAGGACAGUCAAAUGGUACCAAGAGAAUCCAGACUUCUGGCCAGACGUCAAAGCAGAAGACCAACCGAUUACCUAGGAGCCCGAUACCAUAGACCAAUAAGCACACAGAUCCUCUUCCUGUAUUCGUGGUCGCCAACCCUGCUCCUCGAGAGCUACAGGGUGUGCUGGUUUUUGUUCCAGCCCUGUAUUAACACACCUGGUUCAAUUAAAUCACUGGGGCGGCAGGUAGCUUAGUGGGUAAGA